UGUUCCUCCAGCGCCUGGCACGGGCUGGGCCGCAGCAGAGAACGUGGCCUGAAGCGCGCCAUCCCCUCCGCGUUGCCCGCCCGCCGAGCUCUCCGCCCACAGGUGUUGCCAGGGCUCCUUCCACCGGCCGGACCGAGGGAGGACCCAGGGCCCAAACCUGGCCCGCGGCUGGCCGAGAGCACAACAGCCGGCGGGCGCUGGCGGGCGCGGGGCGCACGGGGCCGCGGAGGGACCCGCGCGCGCCCCCGCCUCGCGCCGCGCGCACGUGACUGCGCCCCCGGCCCCUCCCCCGGCCUGCCCCCCGCCCCGACUGGCCGCUCGGCCGCGCGCGGGUCGGCCGGCUCUAUGGGGAAAGCGGCGGCUCCGAGCCGAGGCGGCGGCUGUGGCGGCCGCUCCCGCGGGCUCUCGUCGCUGUUCACGGUUGUCCCCUGCCUGUCGUGCCACACGGCGGCGCCGGGCAUGAGCGCUUCCACGUCCGGCUCCGGACCGGAGCCCAAGCCCCAGCCCCAGCCCCAGCCCGUGCCCGAACCGGAGCGGGGACCGCUGUCAGAACAGGUGUCAGAGGCAGUUUCGGAGGCAGUGCCAAGAUCGGAGCCUGUGUCCGAGACGACGUCUGAGCCGGAGCCAGGGGCUGGGCAGGCAUCGGAACUGCUGCAGGGGUCGCGGCCGGGGUCAGAGUCAAGUUCAGGUGUAGGGGCUGGGCCCUUCACUAAGGCCGCAUCAGAGCCGCUCUCCCGGGCGGUGGGGAGCGCGACCUUUCUCAGACCCGAGUCAGGAUCGCUGCCAGCGUUAAAGCCCCUGCCUCUUCUGCGACCAGGACAGGCGAAGACUCCUCUUGGGGUUCCAAUGUCGGGGACUGGCACGACCUCCAGUGCCCCACUGGCCUUACUGCCUCUGGACAGCUUCGAGGGCUGGCUUCUCAAGUGGACCAACUAUCUGAAGGGCUACCAGCGCCGCUGGUUCGUGCUGGGCAAUGGUUUGCUCUCUUACUACAGAAAUCAGGGUGAAAUGGCCCACACGUGCCGUGGAACCAUCAACCUGUCCACCGCGCACAUUGACACGGAGGACUCUUGUGGUAUCUUGCUGACCAGUGGGGCCAGGAGCUACCACCUCAAGGCCAGCUCAGAGGUGGACCGGCAGCAGUGGAUCACCGCCCUGGAGCUGGCCAAGGCCAAGGCUGUCCGCGUGAUGAACACUCAUUCAGAUGACUCUGGGGACGACGACGAGGCUACCACCCCAGCCGACAAGAGCGAGCUGCACCACACCCUGAAGAAUCUUUCCCUGAAGUUAGAUGACCUCAGCACGUGCAAUGACCUCAUCGCCAAGCACGGCGCCGCACUCCAGCGCUCCCUGACAGAGCUGGACGGCCUCAAGAUCCCAUCCGAGAGUGGGGAGAAGCUGAAGGUGGUGAACGAGCGGGCCACCCUCUUCCGCAUCACAUCCAAUGCUAUGAUCAACGCCUGCAGGGACUUCUUGGAACUAGCAGAGAUACACAGUCGGAAAUGGCAGCGGGCACUGCAGUAUGAGCAGGAGCAGCGCGUACACUUGGAGGAAACCAUUGAGCAGCUGGCCAAGCAGCACAACAGCCUCGAGCGGGCCUUCCGCAGUGCCCCUGGCCGGCCGGCCAACCCCUCCAAGAGCUUCAUUGAGGGAAGCCUCUUGACUCCCAAAGGAGAGGACAGUGAGGAAGAUGAAGAUACCGAGUACUUUGAUGCCAUGGAAGACUCUACAUCCUUCAUCACCGUGAUCACCGAGGCCAAGGAAGACAGAAAAGCUGAAGGUAGCACCGGGACAAGUUCCGUGGACUGGAGCUCAGCAGACAAUGUACUAGAUGGUGCCUCACUCGUGCCCAAGGGUUCAUCCAAAGUCAAGAGGCGAGUCCGCAUUCCCAACAAGCCCAACUACAGCCUUAACCUCUGGAGCAUCAUGAAGAACUGCAUCGGCCGGGAGCUCUCCAGGAUCCCCAUGCCGGUGAACUUCAACGAGCCCCUGUCCAUGCUCCAGCGGCUGACAGAGGACCUGGAAUACCACCACCUGCUGGACAAGGCCGUGCACUGCACCAGCUCAGUGGAGCAGAUGUGCCUGGUGGCCGCCUUCUCUGUGUCCUCCUACUCCACCACAGUGCACCGCAUCGCCAAGCCCUUCAACCCCAUGCUGGGGGAGACCUUCGAGCUGGACCGCCUCGACGACAUGGGCCUGCGCUCCCUCUGUGAGCAGGUGAGCCACCACCCCCCCUCAGCUGCGCACUACGUGUUCUCCAAGCAUGGCUGGAGCCUCUGGCAGGAGAUCACCAUCUCCAGCAAGUUCCGGGGAAAAUACAUCUCCAUCAUGCCGCUAGGUGCCAUCCACUUAGAAUUCCAGGCCAGUGGGAAUCACUACGUGUGGAGGAAGAGCACCUCAACUGUUCACAACAUCAUCGUGGGCAAGCUCUGGAUUGACCAGUCAGGGGACAUCGAGAUUGUGAACCAUAAGACCAAUGACCGGUGCCAGCUGAAGUUCCUGCCCUACAGCUACUUCUCCAAAGAGGCAGCCCGGAAGGUGACAGGAGUGGUGAGUGACAGCCAGGGCAAGGCCCAUUACGUGCUGUCCGGCUCGUGGGAUGAACAAAUGGAGUGCUCCAAGGUCGUGCAUAGCAGUCCCAGCAGCCCCAGCUCUGACGGGAAGCAGAAGACAGUGUACCAGACCCUGUCAGCCAAGCUGCUGUGGAAGAAGUACCCGCUGCCGGAGAACGCGGAGAACAUGUACUACUUCUCAGAGCUGGCCCUGACCCUCAACGAGCACGAGGAGGGCGUAGCGCCAACCGACAGCCGCCUGCGGCCCGACCAGCGGCUGAUGGAGAAGGGCCGUUGGGACGAGGCCAAUACCGAGAAGCAGCGGCUGGAGGAGAAGCAGCGCCUGUCGCGGCGCCGGCGGCUGGAGGCCUGCGGGCCGGGCAGCAGCUGCAGCUCGGAGGAAGCAGAGAAGGAGGCGGAUGCCUACACGCCACUGUGGUUUGAGAAGAGGCUGGACCCGCUGACCGGGGAGAUGGCCUGUGUGUACAAGGGCGGCUACUGGGAGGCCAAGGAGAAGCAAGACUGGCAUAUGUGCCCCAACAUCUUCUGAGCGCCACCCUUGCAGCAAAUACAGGCGCCUGCACAGCCUGGCCCACCUGUUCAUUAAUGCACUCAAUUUAGUACUGAAUGGUCUUUCUCCCAGCCCAUUCCCAGCCCUUCCUAUUUCCUUACCUAUUUUUUUUUCUCCCCACACUUUCUUGGGACUCCCACCUUGGAAGGAGGAAGGGCUGACCUGGGUUCUCUCCAGCCCCCAGGUGCGCCGGGUCACCCGUGCCCCUUCAUUAUGGACCUGGGCCCUACUGGAACCCCUGCCCCAGUUACCACAACUCAGGCCGGCUGGCCCGGGCCAUGGGCUGCACAAAUCACCAGCCCCCAACCCAGGGAAGAACUGGCCCCUCCUAGGGAGCCUCUUCGACUUUUUUAGAAAAAUGAUCUCCAUUUCUUUCCAGCCAUGAUGUUUAGUAAAUAUUUUUAGUACCACACUUAGCAGACAGCUUUCCAAGUGUGCUUUCUUGCCACAAAAGUGUCCUGGCAAGAGCCCCUUAUUUUUAAGACAUCAGGAAGCCAGACCCCUUUGAGUUGGGAGAAUUUUGUAGCUCAACAUAUCAAGUCCUCAAUGGUAUCUGAGCUGCCCACACCCCCACCUGCCAGGGCCCCACAGAGCCCAAAACAGAAGGGGGCUGCCCAGCCCAGCAGAGCACAGUUUCUGGAGCUCCCAUCCACAGAUGCAGGAGGGGGUACCGAUGGUAACCCCCAUGUGGAUUUGAGGGCAGCAGUCCCUGGCCUCACCCUAGCCAGCCUGGGUGGCUCCCUAGCCCCAAGAGGCCAGGAAGGGCUGGAAGGCAGGGCCUGCAGGUGCUCCCCACCCUGAGACCCAGGCCCCAAAUCAGCAAUAAUGAACAAACCCUUGGCCCAGCCUGGGCUGGUGACCCGGGCACCAGAGACCUUGCAUCCCUCCUCAUCCUAGGAGGCCCCUAGGGGUGCCCCAUCUCAAUGUCCCCUGAACUCUUUAUUUGCCUAAUUUAUAUAUAUAUAUAUGAUAUAUAAAUAUAUAUAAAAUAGCUAUUUUGCUUAAAUUUCUACAGUAUGUAAAAGUGAAAAAAUGAUGAAGACGGGCGCACCUGUCUGAGUUUGGCCCUCAUGUCAGCUGUGCCCUUCCCUCUCCUCAUGCCCCCUUCCAGCGGCUUCUGCCAACCAUGGGGGGCUGGGCCACCAUGGCCACUGACCCAGCCCCUCAGAAUCCCACACUCCAAUCCUUUCCAUUUCAGUUUAGUCCUAAAAGUUCAUCACAGGGUCUUUCUUUCUACUCCAGGACUGGUUUUGUUUUUAUAUAUAUAUAUAUAAAAAGUGAAAACACCAAUGUGUGAAAUGCCUUACGAUGCCCACUGGAGAGGUGGGGCGGGGUGGGGCAGGACGGCCCCACUGAGGCUCCCACAGAGCUGUGGAAUGUACCUCUCCCCAACACUGUUUUGUUAGCGAGCACCUUUUGACCAGUAAUAAAAAAACCUUGGCUUUGGA